AUGGCCCCAAGUGUUGGACGGCGUCUGUCAGACGCCAAGCAAAAGUUGAAGGGCCGUCAGCCUCUGCGAUUUCAGUUGGAGCUAGUACCCUAUUUCGCAGAGGGUGUGCCUUCUCACAUCAAGAAGGCAUCCUUCCUCUGGCAGAGGGGACCGAAGCUGCAGUACACGGAUCUUGCGGAGAGAACAACAGAUGGCUACGUCAACUGGGAUCAGAGCCUCAAGCAGACGUCCACCAUGUACCGGGAUGGCAACACUUUUGCGCAGAAGGAGUAUAGCUUCAAGCUGCAGGGUGUGAAGGGGAAGGGCGCUGACGAGAAGCCCAUCACCUUUGCCAAGACCGACAUCGACCUUGCCGCCUACUGCUCCUGCGAAGCCUCUGGCACCCGUGAACUCAUCGUGGAGCUCAGGCCCAGCGGGAGGCUGCAUGUGGGUGUGGUGGCCACCUGGCUCAAGAACAGCGCCCCGGAGCUGGACUCGCUCACAGACCUGAGCUAUCUCUCCCUCGGCCCCUCUGCCCCCUCCUCCACAGUCAUGGGAGACCAGGAUCUCACUGGCUUUGAUGACAACCCCCAGCUGAAGGCGCUUGCUGGCUCUCCUCAGAAGAAGAGGGUUGACACGCCCAAGAGCUUUGCAGGCUUCCAGACGAUACCAUUGGAGGAGAAUGAGCUGAUCACCCCAACCAUCCCAAGGAAGACCAGGGGGGAUCUGCGAGGCAACCUCCACCGCAAGUCCAAGAGCGAGCCUUUCACUCCAGAUGCUCUUGCCAUGUCCAUCCCAGAAGAGGACCCCUGCUCCCUAACCACCACCGAGCGCCGCAGCGCCGACCUUGAAGAGGCGUAUGGCACACUGCUGUCCUCGGAGAGCGAGGACGAUGCCGGCCCUGUGGCAUCUGUUCGGCGGUGGUGGACUGGCAAGAAGCCCAAGAGGCCGCAGUCGGCGCUGCAUUCACCGACUGCCGAGGACGCCAGAGCUGCCGCCAUGUCUGUUGAGUUGGAUGCCAUAGCCAGGGAGCCUGAUGCGGAGGCGCUGAGGGCGCGCUGCAAGGUGCUGGUGGAGGAGAGGUACGCCGCGCAACGGCAGUGCACCCAGCUGCAGCACAAGGUCCUGCACAUGGACCGCGAUGUGGAAGCGCUCGAGCUGGCGAAGAGGGGCAUGCAGGAGCGGCUGGCGGUGUCGGAGGACCGGCUGAUGCGUCUGACGCGCGAAGACACCAUGACCUCGCUCGUCCAGGCCAAGCUGCACCUCGCGCAGACCGACUACGCCAACCUGGAACUACAGGCACGCACUUUCACACCUCCUUGA